AAAAAUACAAUUUGACGUUCUCCUUAUUUCACUUUCUUCCUCUGACUAUAUUUAAUAUAUAUCUCUGAGCUCUCCAUCGUUUUUAUCAUCAACGCACCCAACUCUGGAAGAAACAGGAAAUAAAGGGAGAGAUCAAAAUACAGGGCUGGCAGGGAUGAGCAAUGGAAUAGUAGAGAUGGCUCUCAGCAGCCUAGGCAAAGGAUUUGAUUUAACAUCUGAUUUUCGUCUCAAGUACUGUAAAGGCAAAGAAAGAUUAGUUCAGCUCAAUGAAGCAGAAAAAAGAGAGCUCUUGGUCCCUAGUUUUGGAGCUGUGAAAGACGUAUCCAUUGAUAUCAAGUGUGAUAAAGGUGAUCGAGUUCGAUAUCAAUCCGAUAUCCUAGAGUUUCAACAGAUGUCUGAGCUUUUCAACCAGAAAUCUUCUGUGCCUGGAAAAAUCCCAUCAGGGAUGUUUAAUGCUAUGUUUGGAUUUGAAGGAGGUGGUUGGGCAGCUGAUGCAGAGAACACUAAAUAUUUAGGACUUGAUGGCUACUUCAUUGUUCUAUUUGAUGUUCAUAUUGAUCGAUAUCCGCUAAUUCUCUCCGAUGAAUUCCUUAAGGCAGUUCCAUCCUCAUGGGAUCCUUGCGCCCUUGCCAGGUUGAUUGAAAAAUAUGGAACUCAUAUUAUUGUGGGGUUGAGCAUAGGAGGCCAAGACGUGAUCCUAGUCAGGCAAGAUAGAUCUUCCAACUUGGGUCCAUCUGAGCUCAAGAAACACUUGUACGACCUUGGAGACCAAUUAUUUACAGGGACAUGCAAUUUUUCAGCUAACUCUAAAUACCAUAAGAAAAAGGCACCAAAGGCAUUCAAUGUCUUUGAUCCACAACCUGCUACCUUCAAUAGCUUCUCAUCCAUGAGUGCAAAAGAUGGAAUCACGGUGAUAUGUACAAAGAGGGGUGGAGAUUUAUCAGCAAGUAGUCACUGCGAGUGGCUCCCGACUGUUCCAACGAACCCAGAUGCUAUUCACUAUAAUUUCAUACCUAUAACUUCUCUCCUCAAAGGUGCUCCUGGCAAAGGUUUCUUAUCACACGCUAUCAACCUUUAUCUUCGAUACAAGCCUCCUAUAUCUGAUCUACAAUACUUUCUUGAGUUCCAAUCUCACAAGAUUUGGGCUCCUAUUCACAAUGACCUCCCUCUAGGUCCUACUACAAAUAUGGCAAGUCAUUCACCAGCUCUCCACCUCAACUUCAUGGGUCCCAAAUUAUAUGUAAAUACUACUCAGGUUACGGCAGGAAAAAGACCGGUAACUGGAAUGAGGUUCUAUCUUGAAGGCAUGAAGGGCAACAGGUUAGCGAUACACCUCCAACAUCUAUCGAAUACUCCAACUAUGCUUGAAAACAAGAUAGAUGAGACGCAGCUGUGGAGGGGAUCAGAAGAAAGCAAUAACGAAGGAUUCAUUGAACCUGUUUCUAUGAAAAUGUUCUCCCAUAUAUGCACAGCAUCUGUGAAAUACAACCCAAGAUGGAGUAGUAGAAGAGAAGAUGCAGCCUACAUUGUUACAGGAGCUCAACUUCACGUAAAGAAACACGACUCAAAGAAUGUCCUCCAUCUUCGGUUACUCUACUCCAAGGUUUCGGAUUCUAUUGUAGCACAAUCAAGAUGGGUUCAAGUCUCCUCUGAAUAUUCACAAAAGUCUUCAGGCCUAUUCUCCGCCCUUAGCACAUCGAUAUCAGGAAAUCCAGCAAAAGAGAAACUACAGGCAGUGGUUGUGGAUUCUAGUGUGUUCCCAUCAGGACCUCCAGUGCCAGUGCAAACGCAGAAGCUUUUGAAGUUUGUGGACAUGUCACAGCUGAUAAGAGGCCCACAGGAUAGCCCUGGACAUUGGUUAGUGACUGGGGCUAAGCUGGACUUGGAUAGAGGGAAAAUUUGCCUGCAGGUUAAGUUCUCCCUGUUAAGUAUCUGUUCAUGAAACAGAAUUUUGCUAAUGCACUACCCUGAUUUUAUUUUAUUAUUUUUUUCUAAUAUAUAAUAUAGGCUAAUUCUCAAUGCCAUACCCAUAGAAUUGUGUACAUAGGCUGGUGGCUUUGAGAUUAGUUUUGCAAAUUAUUUCGUUCUUAUAAAGGCAUAUAUAUCAGAAUGUUUUGGUCAAUUAAUUAAA